AGUUGUCAGUUGCGGUAUGAUGUGAGUUCUAGUGUUUUUUUUCGUAAACCGAACGCGAUUUUACUGGUAAAUUUUACAGUAAUAACCGUAAAUACAGUAAUUCCAUCAAUUAAUGGAUCAUUCUGCUACAAAAUAUUCGUGUUAUUUUAACAGUGACCUAUUGAAAGUGUGAAUUUUGUGUAUCGUUGUAAUUACAAUUUUUAUGAUUUUUUAAAUCGUGACACAUUUUAAUUAGUUAUGCUUUUUACGCGUAGACGGAAUUUUAUAAAAAGUAAAUCAUCGUGAAAGAGAAACUACUACAAAAAAGAAAUUAAAAACCAAACUUGAGACGCAGUAUUUACAAGCAACAACAAAGAAAAAUAUACAAAAAAAAUAAUAAAAAGAAAAUACAAAACUCUAAAUAAUACUACUACUACAAAAUGUUAAAAGUAAUAUCUUUAGUUACGGUACAAAUAGGCCUAUUGGCUUUCUCAUUAGUAUUCAUAGUAUUUCCCCUGGUAUUCCGAUACUCGGUGACGCUGCAAAGAGGCAUCUUAUUUUUAACAUUUAUUACAUAUCCCAGAGAUCUCGAUUUAAGCAAUCCCUCAAGUGUUGGCCUUUAUGCAACGCGUAGUUUUUUCCUAAAUGUUCCUGAUCCCGAUGUGGAAGAUAAUGUCUCGCAAGAUAAGGAUGACGGUGGCAGGACAAAACGUCAUGUUCGCAUUGGUUUGUGGCAUGUACUACCGAAGCAUGUAGUUAAGCGUUUUGCGAAGGAAAUGCAGUUGAGUGAUGAGGCCCAUGAGGAUCUGAGAAAUGUCACCGAAGUCAAAGACCCAAACAUCGAUCAAUUGGAAACUGUGAUAAAAUCCUCCUUCCCCUUGGUUAAUUCCGAAAAUGAGCAACAAUUCUACGAACGUAUGCUGGCAAUACCAGGUAAUACAAUUGUUCUCUAUCUACACGGCAAUACAGCGUCAAGGGGAUCAGGACAUCGCUUGGACGUUUACAAAUUGUUGAGAAAUUUAGGCUAUCAUGUGAUAUCAUUUGAUUAUCGAGGCUAUGGUGACUCAGAUCCGGUAUCGCCCACAGAGGAGGGUGUCGUACGAGAUGCUAUGACGGUAUACAAUUACAUCAGUAAUUUGACAAUGAAUCCCAUAUUUAUAUGGGGUCAUUCAUUGGGUACUGGGGUGGCAACAAAUAUGUUGGCACAGUUAAACUAUUUGGAUGAUAAAGCAGCCAGAGGUGUUAUAUUGGAGGCUCCGUUUACUAAUAUCAAAGAUGAGAUACGUAUGCAUCCAUUUGCAAGACCUUUUAAGCAUUUACCUUGGUUCGAUCACACCAUUGCCCGGCCCAUGUAUACCAAUUCGUUGCGCUUUGAAUCCGAUCAACACAUUAGUAAAUUCCAACAGCCCAUAAUGAUAUUGCAUGCCGAAGAUGACUAUGUGGUACCCUUUCAGCUGGGCUAUAAACUUUAUCGCAUUGCUUUGGAUACCCGAGGCAAAUCCUGGGGUCCCAUAGAAUUUCAUCGUUUUGAUGGUUCCCGCAAAUUUGGCCACAAAUACAUUUGCUAUGCACCAGAAUUACCAGAACUUAUUAAAAAUUUUGUCAAUAACUACCAUAAGGAUAUCUUCUAAGUGAAUUCGUCAUAUAAUAAUUAGUGUGUGUCUAAAGUCAUUAUGGAACCACCUAAUCCAAAAGUGGUACAUGUAUAGACAGACAGACAGUGAAAACAGUCGUAUCAAUAAUACAUGUGAAAAAAAAUAAAUUGAUAAAAUGUAGCUUUAAAAAUGUUUGUAGUCAAAGAAAAAACAAAAACAAAAAAUUAAGAAAAUGAAAUUAAUCUGAUGUCACUUACACUCCCUCCAUGACUUUAAUCUUGUUUUUUUUUAUAUAUAUAUGUAUAUGUACUAUUAUAAAAUUUUGUAUUUAAUGAUUUUCAAGCAUGAUUUACUUAUGCCACUAUUUUGUUGUCAAUUGUAUUGCAAAUCGAAUUUUCAAUGACUUUUCCAAGCGAACCACAUUGUCAAACAACAUGCAUCACCUUCGCUUCUUAUGGCAUCAUUUUAUAUUCACUCCUCUGCCAUCGUUGCAGAGUUUUAAGUCAUAGUAUUUAAUAAACAAAAAACGAAACAACUUUCCAAGAAAAGAAAAAAAAACUCAAUUCAAUAAAUGAAUAAAUUAUUGUUUAGUGAACAAAAAAUUCAAAACUAAAGUAA